UUUCAGCGAAUUAAAAUGAUGUUUCCGUGAAAUCGUAGCUGCAUCAGUCACUCGUGUUAACAAUAACACACACAUAACUAUUGUUUUGAUUGUAGGCUGUCAUUAUAACUACUGGUCCGCAUUUCGUGCCGAAUAGUCAUGAAUCCUGAAAAAAUGCAAUCGAUUUACCUUCAAAAACAGAUUAAAGAUAAUGCAGAUGAUAUGAGACUUUUCUGUGAAGAACUCAAACAAUGGGGCGAGGAUGCGAAACGCAAAGACCAACAACUGAGGACAGGAUCGUUAUCCAAUAAAGUGGAGGCGGUGAAGGAAGCUAUGAAAAUUGAAAAACCGUCAAGUAAAAUUGGAUUUACAGAUUAUUCUAAAUGGGAUAAGUUUGAUCAAGACGGUGCGCCAGAUGAGGAUACCAAUGCGAACUCUGUUGAGAUUAGAAGGCAUAAGGCCUUUAUGGAAAAAGAUCAGGGUAACAAUUAUGUGCGAAACAAAGAAUGGGAUAAAGCUAUUAGAUGUUAUAAUAGAGCAAUUGAAUUUUAUCCCCAUGAAGCUUUAUUUUAUGCUAAUAGAGCACUUUGUCACUUGAGAAAGGGCGAUGUCGCUAAUGCAGAACAUGAUUGUACCAUAUCUAUACAACUUGAUAACAAAUAUGUUAAAGCAUACCAAAGAAGGGCAGCAGCAAGGGAAGCAAUGAAUAAACUGUAUGAGGCAAAAGCAGAUUUGUUAGAAGUCCUAAAAUUAGAACCGAAAAACAAGGAAUCAAUGACUGCACUAGAUAUAUUGAAAACUAAAUUGGGAGAAUAUGUUAAUCCCCCAGAUCUUUCAGAACAAAGACCAGUAUCAAAGUUUACAGUAAGUAGAAAGAAUACUGUAAUUCCAAAAAAUCCAAUGAAGUUUGGGAAAGAUGUUGAUGACAGUAAAGGUACUUCUUGGCCUGAAAGGGGUAAUAUAAUUGAGAUCAAGGCUGUGCAAAAAUCUCCUCAUACUCGUUCUAAACGACCUUUAAAAAGGAUCGACAUUGAGGAAAUAGAUGUGGAUGUAAUUGAUUCAAAACCUAUUAACACAUCUGGUAAUACUUUUAUAAAUAAAAAAGUUGUAGAGAAGAUGCCAAGUGAUUUUAAAUCGGCCUUGGAAUUCGAAAAAAAAGAGAAUUUAAAAAAUUUAAAAUGUAGAAAGUUCGAUCCAGCUACAACAAGUGAAAGUACCGAGUUUAAUAUUAAUAAAAUGCAAAUAAUUGAAAGAAAGGAGGUAAAGAAUGAUUCACUUUCGAAAAGUGAUAAGAACAUAAAGAAUAUUACUCUUAGUAACAAAACGACUGGAAAUCUGGUUAAUAUUGAUUUAGUUCCUCCAACAACUUCUGUACAAUUUAGGUCAACUUGGAACAAUUUGACUACCAGUUUUCAAAAAUACGUGUAUCUUAAAUUAAUACCUCCUCCAAGUAUUCCAAAAAUCUUUGACGAGUCUUUAGAAAACUCUGACAUCAGUAGUAUUUUGGAGGUCCUUGUGGAACACCAUAUUGAGAAAAAUGAACCCAUUUUUGAAAUUUUACAAAAUCUAGCACAGGUCAAAAGAUUUGAUAUUCUCAGUUUAUUUAUGUCGGAUGACGACAAGAAUAAACUCGUCAAAUUGAUGUUUUAUGCAAUAGAUAAGGAACAAACAACCAAAGAAGAAAUUGAAACGUUAGUGAAGAGCUAUAAUAUAAAAUUGUUUAAUUAGAAAUAUAUUUAUAGUUUCUUAAAAUACUACAGUGUUCUGAACAAUUGUCUAUUCUGUUUUUUGUUCUAAAUAAAUAAAAUAAAGAAAUAUA